UUUACUUUCAGGGGAGAGUGGGGUAAAAGAAACGAGAAGAGAAAAGAUUGAUAUUUUUGAUUAAAAAAUAAUAGAAAAUGUUACAGAGGGCGACAUCCAAUGUGUCAGACAAAGCAAAGAGCAGCAAACCAAAGCGCUCCACGAGCUUCGGCAGGUUCGAGGGUCUCAGACAACCCUUCUCACAUGCCAAACCAGAAGAGAAUGGCACAAACAUGGUCGUGGAAGAAUGUGAAAGUUCAGACCCUAACAAAGCAGUUGGACUUGGGAAGAAGAUGAAGGCUAUUUCACUAACCAUGCGCAGAAAAAUGGGCAAAAAACACGCCAAGUAUUUCUCUGAGGAGCCGGGUGACGACACAGAUAAAGAUCCGGAGGCAGAAGCAGAGAGAAGCACUGCAGCUGAGAAAGACCACGCAAAGACAAAUAACUCCUUAGAGAGUCUGUACAGUGGCCAGAGCACCUCCAGUGGUGUGACCAGUGAGUCCAAUGGUUCUGCUCAGAAAGACAGUGUGAGGCUGGAGGAGGACGGAUCCUACCAGGGACAGUUCUGUGGCAGAUGUCGUGUCCAAGCAGAUUUUGUUCCAAGCCCGUAUGACACGGAUUCCCUCAAACUUAAGGUGGGUGACAUCAUCGACAUCAUCAGUAAGCCCCCGAUGGGCAUCUGGACGGGCAUGCUGAACAACAAAGUGGGAAACUUCAAGUUCAUCUACGUAGACGUUUUAGUGGAGAAAGAGGAGGAGGAAGAAGAAGAAGUUCCAAAGAUCAGACAGCAGAGGCUUUGCAAAAGACCUCGACCUAAAACGCUACUGGAGUUAUUGGAGCGACUGAAUCUGGAGGAGUACGCCUCUGCCUUGCUGCUCAAUGGCUAUCAGACGGUGGAGGACCUGAUGCACCUGCAAGAGAAACACUUGAUAGAGCUGAACGUCAAAGACCCAGAGCACAGACAAAGACUUCUGGCUGCUGCUGAGUGCCGCUACACAGAAGGUGAUGAUGUCAGGGACGUGGAGGAGCACAAAUCCUCCCACAGUCAAAAAGAAGAAGACAGCGACUGUCCCAGAGACUCGGGCUGCUUCAUCCCGUCAGAAUGUUCAGACAGCAAAGACGACGCCGAGCAGCUCACAGACGGCGGGGACUUGUAAUCUGCUCGUUUUGGGCUUUAAGUGUGUGAUAUUUUCUUAUGACUGAUGGUUUUAAUAAUUCAUGUCAUUAAUGCUGUGUUAAUAUCGUCAUACCAGCAAGCCACAAGCUACAGCUAAUAUAGAAAGAACAAACAACCAGUACUCUAAAUGUCAUCUCAUGCAUUUGUCAUUUCAUUAAGAUCAUAAUAAACAUAAUAAGAGUUUUUUAUAUAAAACAUUUCAUGUUGUUAAGGAAGUGGCGUGUCACUGAUUUAAUGUCACUUGUAAUUAUAGCAUUUACAAUCAUUCAGUGUUAUUACAUGUACUGCCUUUAUAUAUCACUUUAACCCUCCUCAUCACAUCUAGUCUCAAUUCAACAUCCAGCAUCAUCUUUUCUUUUCCCGUGUGUGGUAUUGUUGAAGGGAUGUUUUUUUUUUAAUAAUAUAAACUGUACAAGUUGCAUGUAUGAUGUAAAAGACAUAUGUCACUUUUUGAAUGUGUGUGUGUGAGAGUGUGUGAGAAAGAGCCUGUAUAUGAAGCCAUUUAUCUGUUUCCACAACCUUUUUGUAAAUAAAAUAAAAUAAAUACGCUUACAUUUAUUUUUAGUUACUAGUGUAUUUGUAUUUGGAAUUAUUUC